UGCUGUAAAAGUAUUGUUCAUUGUUAGUUCAUGUUUACUAAUAUAAACGAAUACCACUUCAUUGCUCAAGAAGAGAUUUAAACACGAACUAUUUUUAUAAGACACAUAAAUUAUGAAUAAAUCAUAACUCAUCUCCCAAGCAUGACGGUAUAUACUUUUUGUCAUCUAAAAUAUCUCAUCCACUGGUGUGUAUAAUUUCACUUUACGGAAUUAAAGGAUCCACUUUCUGGCCAAUCAGAAGUUGUGAGGGGAGAGAGAACAGCCAAUCAGAGGCGAGGGGGGCAGAGCUCUGGAUCGAGUUUACGGUGCGUGGCUGUGAAUUUCCUCCAGUUAACUUGAGCUCGUGAGAUAGUUCAGAAGCGUCGGUUAGAACCGGCUGCGCAGAAAGAAAGAAAAAUAUAUCAGAAAACAGCUGUUAUAUGGAGUGACACAACAAGAACCAAAGAAUUCGCCACCUCAGAUACGCUUAAACGUAUGUUGAAAGUGUUAACGUUGAGUUUUUUUGUAAUUUCCCAGCGAACACCAUGUCUCAAAGAGUUCGCAGAAACGGAUCUCCGACGUCCAGCUGUAGCGGUGUGACCGCGGGAAGCCCGACCGGAUCCCCGGGGCUCAGCGCCGCCGGAGUGGGUUUACUGGGUCGCCUGCUGCCCAUGAAAGCCACGGUUCCGUUCCAGCUGAAACCGCAGACACAGCACCCUCUACAGACACGGACGGCGCUCUCCACCGGUAACGGUAAAUGCCACAGCAGCGGAUGUGAACCACCCGGAACCCACAGCCGAAGCCCCACGCGAUCCCUUUCCUCCAGUGCCUCAAACAUUUCUGCAGCCACAGCCACAGCCACAGUGGCAUCAUCCGUUCCCUCAUCAUCAUCUCCAUCAUCAAGAACUAGCCCCAUUAUCGCUGUUCACGUGACUGCGUCAAACGCGAGAGCGCCGCACGCGCAGGUAGCUGUUCCACCAUCAUCAUCAUCGUCACCUUACCCAGGUGUGCAUGUCAACCCCCAGUGCUGCUCUCCCUCCCAACAGAUCAGCUGCAUCUCGGAAAGUUCAGGCCCCUUUUCCUCUAAUUUAUCAGCCUCUCCGUCUUCAUCCUCCUCUUCUUCCUCAUCAUCUUCCUCCUUGUUGUGGUCUUGCGGCCAUAGGGCCAAACCCCUUCAGCCCCCUGAACAUGACAGACUCUCCCCAGAGAGACUGAGUCCCAGCUCCCCUGUCUGCAAAGACAAGCCUAGACUUCCUGUGGCAGGGUCUUGGUCUACCACCAGCAACAACGGUAGCAUUCGUCGUACCUCCUCUUUGGAUGCGCUAACAGCCCCCUACCUGUCUGGACACUGGCCCAGGGAUGCCAACCAUGCACCUUGUGCCCCCUGCAUGAGGGACAAAUCCACCCAGACCCCCAGCGCCUGGGCAGAUGAAUGCGGAGAGAAGAAGAGGGGCUGUCACAAGCGCUCCGCGUCCUGCGGCAGCACUGACCAGCUUAAAGAGAUUGUGAAGUUGAGGCAGCAGCUCCAACGCAGUAAACACAGCAGCCGUCACCAUCGCGACAAGGACCGCAAAUCUCCCUUUAAUGGCAACCAUGCUGCUAUUAACCAAUCACAGGCUCCUAUUCCAAAGAGUGUCCUGAUCUCAAUCCCCAUCUCCAAGUCUUCCGUCUCUCGUUUCCGGAACAGCGUAGAGGGGCUGAAUCAGGAGAUUGAGCGCUUCAUUAUCCGAGACACAGGAGACAUUGAGGAGCAGCUUAUUCCUCAAGAGGCUCCAGACGGGCACCGGGCUCCUCCUCCCCUCUGCCAGCGCAGCGCCAGCUCCCGCAGCAUCAACACACAGACGCCCCUGGGCACCGCAGCAGGCAGUAACUACAGCAACAGCAGCAGCCGUUCUCAGUCCAUCUCACCCACGUUCCUAAACGUGCCCAGCGAGCCCUACAGUGAUAGUCUGUCUCCCAACGAGGUUGAGACACUGAUUGAUGGCCGUGAGAAAGAUUUGGUCCCCGGCUCACCCUUACCCAAAUACGCCUCAUCCCCGAAACCAAACAACAGCUACAUGUUCAAACGCGAGCCACCUGAGGGCUGUGAGCGAGUCAAGGUCUUCACAGAGGAAACACAGGCUAGGCCUCCACGAGAGAUCCCACAGUUCCUGUGCCCAGAUAGAAACAAGGUCAACUUCAUCCCCAAGAGCGGUUCGGCCUUCUGCGUGGUCAGCAUCCCCAAACCGCUGAUGCCCACACAGGAACUCAACAACCUCAAGAAUCAGGCCAGCGCCCGCCUCACGCCAGAACCCGAGCAGCGAGUCUCACGAAGAAGCUGCGUGCUAUCCCAGCAGUCCUCAGGCUCCUCCCCCUCCUCCUGCCUGUCAGAGAGUUAGACACGCCCCCUCAAACAAGUGUCCACGAACUCCGCACAACACAUUUUACUAAUCGCACAUGAUAAAAUGUGGUUGACUCUCAGAGAACACUUUUGUUGGCUUGUUGAGAAGAUGAAAUGGUUGCCUUUUGCUAUGCAGCUUUUUAAGUUCGUUCUUGUUUUGAAAGAACAUGGAGGCUAUCAUUUGGAAUUGGGUUUGUAAAAAACAUAUUUAGCUUUUUAUUAUUCCUCUACCUUUCAUAGAUAAGAGUGAAACUGAGAAUGGGUCUCAGAUUACUAUGAAUGCACACAUAAAUGCUUAGGAAUCUGAUCUGAGUUAGCUUUCUCAAUUAUUCAAUACUGAGGCGGCUACAUAGAUCAGUUUUUAUGAGACAUUGAUGUAUAUUUUGUAAUAGUUUGCAGUGGAUCGCUUUUACGAAAAUCCUUUUUUAUCUCACUAGGACCAGCACAUCAUUGAAUAAAAAUGAUGCUGCCUUAAUCAUUCAAAUUAGAGACCAAGAGACCUUGUAUUUUAUGUCUGGGUUGAUGAAGGUCUGAAUCCUUUUCACAGUCGCAGGCCUUCUCUUUUCACUCCAGUCCAGACAAAAGCAACAACAGGAGAGCAGAAGGGAACAGUUCUCUGCAUUUUCUCAUCCUGGCAGUGAGGAGACAGAAAGGUGCUAAAGAUGAGAAUAGAGAGUGAGAGAGAUCUGCUUAAUGUGUCACCAUUGAAGACUGCCAGUCGACUACAGGACAAGUGGCCUGUAAACCUGAUUCUUUUGUUUGCAUAGCUGUAAAAUGCAUUUCAGAUGCAUAUGGGUCCAAACUCUGAACUUCAAACCCAGCAGGGAACAAAAUGAGAGAAGGAGAGGAGGGUAUGGAAGGAUCUGGGUGGACCGAUGAGAUGUUUUCUCACCUCUCAAUGAUUAAGCUGAUUUAGCUCAAUGAAUGUUUGAAAGAAGGGCAUGGCAAAAGACAAAAAAAAAUAAAUAAAUAAAAAAGACAAAUGUCAAGGGAUGCGGCCUUUAAAUGCUAGUUAAUUCAGAUAUCUAUCUGAACAUUAAUGUAAUGUUUCCUAUGAUAUCCAUUGAAGUGGUUUACAAAGUCAGAGCACGGUAUUUUCAUGUGUGUCAUUAGAAUGAUUUGUCACAGUGCAUGCAUUCUGGGGAAUUCUGUGUAUGUCAUCCAGAUUCAAUCAAAUAAAAAUGGCUCCGGUUUUCUCUC